CCUCCCCGCAGCCUCGCGGCAGGACCUGGGGACCGCGUGCCCGGACGCCGCUGCCAGCCUCGUGGGCCGCAAAGGGGCGGGGGCGGCCCCUGGCGGCGGGAGGACUCGGCGGCCCGAGGGACCCCGGGCCAGGCUCCGGGGUCGCCCCGGCUGGGUCUCUGAGGCCCCACAGCUCUGGGCGGGGAUGGGGGCGCCGGCGCCUACGCGCGAGGCCACCCGGGGGAAACCGAGGCAGUGAAUGGCACAGGCCCAGCCUGGUUAUCCCGGAGCCAGGCCGGGAGCGCCCGGUGUCCCGCGACCGCAGCCGCCGCAGCCUGAACUCGUCCCCUCCCCGUGGGAUGCGCAGCGCGGCCCUUCCAUCCUGUCCCUGCCACCGUCGCUUCCCCACGCCGGGCCGCCGUCGGGAUGGGCAGACGGCGGGGCCGGUACCCGAGGCCUGCGAGCGCAAGGCCCGCGGGGCGCUGCGGAGCCGGGAGCGCGGAGCCGGGGCGGGGGACAGACAAAGGCGGGGACGGCGGCGAGGGGAAGACAAAGCGCGGAGGGGGGUCGGCGGCGGCGCCGGGGCCCCGGAGGCGGCUCCGGGCGCGGCGGAGCCAAUGGGCGGGCGCGGGGCGGGGGCCGGCGGGGGCGGUGCAGCGAUAAGGCGGUGGCGGCGGCGGCGGCUCAGGGACCACUGGCAGCGGCAGCAGCUCGCGCCCGCGCCCUCCUCGCACCCGUGCGCCCCCGGAGACCGAUCCCGCCCCGCGGCCCAGGCUGGGCCUGGUGAGAGCCGCGGGGGGAGGGGCCGCGUCCGGCUCCGGAACCGGGAGAGGCGCCGAGUGGUGUGGGAACCCAGCGGGUGCCGCGUCUCCACCCGAGGCUUCUACCUCCAACGAGCCAUGUUCCAGGCUGCAGGAGCCGCCCAGGCCACCCCCUCUCAUGACGCCAAAGGCGGCGGCAGCAGCACGGUGCAGCGCUCCAAGUCCUUCAGCCUGCGGGCCCAGGUGAAGGAGACCUGCGCCGCCUGCCAGAAGACCGUGUACCCCAUGGAGCGGCUGGUGGCCGACAAGCUCAUUUUCCACAACUCUUGCUUCUGCUGCAAGCACUGUCACACCAAGCUCAGCCUGGGCAGCUACGCCGCGCUGCACGGGGAGUUCUACUGCAAACCCCACUUCCAGCAGCUGUUUAAGAGCAAAGGCAACUACGACGAGGGGUUUGGUCGCAAGCAGCACAAGGAGCUCUGGGCCCACAAGGAGGUGGACCCCGGCACCAAGACGGCCUGAGGCCUCUGUAACCUUCCACCCCCUCUGCGGAGGGCCUGGAGUCGGCAGGGGGAAGGUGGGAAGGAGGGCGAGGUGGGCUUGCGUGGGGGCCAGGUGGGAAGGGGAUGAGGCUUGCUCAGGCGGAGGGGCCCAGGGCAGGGCUCUGCUCCAGGACUCCUUCUUUCUUCCUUCUCCCGCAGCCGGUAAGGGUUUGGGAACCAGGAUUGGGGUCUGCCCACCACCCUGCUUCCUGCUUCGUUCAGCCGCCCUCCCCACCUCACCCCAGGACCCCCUGGGAGGCCCCCAAGCCCAGCUUCCCUAUCUAGGUGCCUUUUCUCCAGCAAGGAGUCAGCAUGCCCCGCUCAGGGUCCCAAGCUCCCUCACUGCCACCGGAGACUGUGUGGCCCCCACAUCUCCCCAUCUACCUCUACCCUUAACCUGGUUCUGAGCCACGGAGACAGGGAGGAAGGAGCGCGACAGUGCCACCUGUUGGGCCUCAUAAAUGCCCCUGCAGCCCAUGGGGGAGGGGAUGGGGAAGUGGAGCCACUCUGCCUCUGCAGGGCAAGGCAGGGCCUGCCCCAGUGGGGCUUGGGACCAUCUCGAACCACCAGCGUGGAGAAGCAGAAGCAAAGCACUCACCAGGCUGCAGCCUCAGGCACUGGCAGGGGCUGGUGCGGCCCCACUCCCCUCCCCCGCUCCCGUUUCUGCCCAUCCUGUUGUGACCAACCCCGUUUUAAACAUGUUUCAAUAGAUCCAGAUUCUCUA